GUGCAUUAUAUACUUCAUUUUAGUGUGUUUGUACUUUUUAACAUAACAUUGUUUCUGUUUGUUUGCAGCAAGCAGGAUGCAGGAGGUGGACGAAUUGGAGACAGAGUCCCCUGAUGCAUCAUCUACAGGUUCUUAUGGUGGGGCUAAUUUUAGAUGUGAGCCAUACCUGAUCACGGAGUUCUCAUAUGAUUGUAUGCUGGGUAAUGCUAGAUUUGAUCCAUACCUGAUCAUUGAGCUCCCAUUUGGUUGCAUGUUGGGUAAUGCUAGAUUUGAUCCAUACCUGAUCAUUGAGCUCCCAUUUGGUUGCAUGCUGGGUAAUGCUAGAUUUGAUCCAUACCUGAUCAUUGAGCUCCCAUUUGGUUGCAUGCUGGGUAAUGCUAGAUUUGAUCCAUACCUGAUCAUUGAGCUCCCAUUUGGUUGCAUGCUGGGUAAUGCUAGAUUUGAUCCAUACCUGAUCAUUGAGCUCCCAUUUGGUUGCAUGUUGGGUAAUGCUAGAUUUGAUCCAUACCUGAUCAUUGAGCUCCCAUUUGGUUGCAUGUUGGGUAAUGCUAGAUUUGAUCCAUACCUGAUCAUUGAGCUCCCAUUUGGUUGCAUGCUGGGUAAUGCUAGAUUUGAUCCAUACCUGAUCAUUGAGCUCCCAUUUGGUUGAUGCUAGAUUUGAUCCCUGAUCAUUGAGCUCCCAUUUUGCAUGCUGGGUAAUGCUAGAUUUGAUCCAUACCUGAUCAUUGAGCUCCCAUUUGGUUGCAUGUUGGGUAAUGCUAGAUUUGAUCCAUACCUGAUCAUUGAGCUCCCAUUUGGUUGCAUGUUGGGUAAUGCUAGAUUUGAUCCAUACCUGAUCAUUGAGCUCCCAUUUGGUUGCAUGCUGGGUAAUGCUAGAUUUGAUCCAUACCUGAUCAUUGAGCUCCCAUUUGGUUGCAUGUUGGGUAAUGCUAGAUUUGAUCCAUACUUGAUCAUUGAACUCCCAUUUGGUUGCAUGCUGGGUAAUGCUAGAUUUGAUCCAUACCUGAUCAUUGAGCUCCCAUUUGGUUGCAUGUUGGGUAAUGCUAGAUUUGAUCCAUACCUGAUCAUUGAGCUCCCAUUUGGUUGCAUGCUGGGUAAUGCUAGAUUUGAUCCAUACCUGAUCAUUGAGCUCCCAUUUGGUUGCAUGCUGUUUAAUGCUAGAUUUGAUCCAUACCUGAUCACUGCGUUCCCCAUUUGGUUGGUGUUCUCUCCCUUAGAUUUAGAGCUGGAUGUGAGCUAGCCGUGGCUGCAUAUGUCAGUGAUUGUUGUUAACCCCUUAAGGACUGAGCCAAAUGUAUACGUUGUGAUCAAAACAAAAUGUAAACAAAAACUUGAAUUUGCGCUACAUGUCUGUUCAGGCGUAAUUCGCCUCUUUCAUAUUAUGUGCACCCCCUCUUAUUUUAUUCAGAGUAAACAGGGCUUUCAUUUAACAUCAAAUAUUUAGGUAUGAAACAUAAUUUUAUAAAAUAUAAAAAAAAUGGGAGAAAAUAAAAUUUUUAUAAAAAAAAUAGUUCUACAUGACAUUCUAACUGUGAAUGUCAUAAUACUGUUUGCUUUUACUGCAAUAAAAUACACAUUUCUAUUCAGCGAUGUCUCACGUGUAAGACCGUACCCCCUAUGUACAGGUUUUAUGGCGUUUUGGGAAGUUACAGGUUCAAAUAUAGCACGUUACAUUUUUCAUUUUUUUCACAUUGAAAUUUGCCAGGUUGGUUACGUUGCCUUUGAGACCGUAUGGUAGCCCAGGAAUAAGAUUUACUCCCCUGAUGGCAUACCAUUUGCAAAAGUAGACAACCCAAGGUAUUGCAAAUGGGGUAUGUCCAGUGUCACAAACACUGGCCAAAGUUAGUGUUAAUAUUUGAAUGCAAAAAACUAAUUUGAACGCCAAUUUUGGACAGUGCUUGUGACAGUGUAUAUAAUUAUAUGUAUAUAAUUUUUUAAAAUUAUUUUUAUUUAUAUACGUGUGUGUGUGUGUGUGUGUAUAUAGUGAUAUAUAUGUAUAUACUUAUGUAUAUAGAUAUAUAUAUUUCGUUCUACAUGUAUUUUGAAAUCAAUAUAUAUUUAUUUUAAAUUACAGUUAAAAAUAAAAUUACAAAAUAAAUAAAAAAAAAUAUAUGUGUAAAUUCGUUCUAUUUUUCGACAACCUACAGGCUACCUGGUUCCCUGCUUUGCAGUAUCAGGUAUUGGGAAUCUUACUCACUACGGUUACAUUUCUCCUCAAGGCCUCACUUUGCCUUCGUUUCAUUCAAAUAAAAUUCACAUCGUGGGACCCCAGGGGCUUGUCUCUAAUUGACGGACCAACGUUCAGGUCCCUUAGCUUACCCCAGUUCUUACAUUACGGUAUCUCUGAUACACACCUACCCAUACGUUCAGCAUUUUUACACUCAUUAUACCAGUGGCACGCCUCAGGCCCACUAGCAUCUUUUUCCCUAAGGUUUCUCGGACCGGGCCCGUUCCUGAGCAUCAAAGAAAGAGGACAAACACUCAAGGUUUAAGUAUCUACAUACGUUAUAUCACACCAUUCUAAGAAACAAUCCCCAUUAGGCUAGAGAACUGGCAUUGAGGGUUAGGCGCUGGCCUUAGCUAUCCUAAGUAAUCCUACGGUCCCGCGAGUGCUACACCCCACCUCAUACACGGAGGUUUCAGCCCCAUGACCAAAUCAUAGUUAGCCACCUCGCUCACCCUUCUUUAAGGCUACAGUUAGGGCCUCCCAAGUCACGGCCACACGUUUUGAAUCUCUUACAGUACAGAGAGGCCGACAUCCUACCACCACGUUCUAGUGGCCACAAAAUUCACUUGGUUCUAGGUAAAUUCUUCGCCUCGGCACUAGCUAGCAGGCUAGUUCUCCGAAGGUCUCAUCCUCACCUCUAAGACACAUUACUUAUCCAAAUCAUUAUUUCUUUUUCAGAAUGUCCCAACAAUCGGUCUGCUGUUGGACGGAAUACCCAGCACGCCAGUCUGGCCUGGGUCUCCUAAGGAAUCCCUCACCCCUUCUACCCUCAGUUCCUGGGAUUCUGGUACAUUCCAUAAUGAUCAGCAGAGGGACUAGCUGGGUUGACAUUUCAUUUCUGGGGAAGGCUCGGGUGCACUAUUCUUUGAUACGGGAGUAUGCUAUUUCACAGCAUGCAGGGUUUUGCACAUCUGCUCCAGAACCCACACCUAAUCCACAUACGCAGACCGUCUGUCACCUAAAAUACGCCCAACUAAGGUCAACAUUGAUAUCCUGGAAUACUAUCUGCAUUUACACCCAGCUAGGCAUCUGGUAGAUUCUGGUGCCGGGUUUCUCACAGGGGUUCACACGGGUCUUAUCGCCAUUCCCACAGGUACACUCGUGUGCGCUAACCUAUUAUCUGCACCCUUUGACCCUCUUACGGUGGACCACCUGUCCACAGCAGUCAUACGCUGUUUUCACGAUUGCCUCCUUCCGGUCUUUACACUUCUCAUCUUGGCGUACCAUUCCCAUCGAGGUAGCCAUUAACUAUACCCUAAUACUGAUCAUAGACCUCUUCCGCAACCGCACUCUACAUCCAUUCCCAGCAUCAAACUCCCUCAUUCCCGCCAUGAAGUUCUCACUGCACUACGAAAAUCGACCAUGCCAUACAAGCUAUCACUUCAGUAAGUAGUAAGGCUUGGUUGAGCAAGAUGGACUUAUCCAACGCCUUUAAUCUACUACCUAGUCACCCUUCACAAUGGCACCUGGUCUAUGUUCGGGCGGCCAUCCUCAGUAACCAUUUUGUGGCUGAUUUUACAGGCUGACUUGGCUGGCAGCAACCUCUCAGCUCUUUUUAGUCUGCCUUUACAUUCCCGGCGUCCACAACACAGCCGCUGACGCUCUUUCACGCUCAGUUCAAGGUCUUCUUUCAGGCACCCACUACGUACCAUCCAGGAUACCACCAUUCCAUGAGCUAAUCUUGGACUAAGCACACAAUUACACUUUGUACAGUUACGCACGCUUCACGCAGUUUCACGACUACUCUCACUGACGCUAGGGCUUUGUAUAUUGUAACAUGUCACAAGUAGUUUGCUUGAUUCAUGACUGUUGCAGUUAAAGUAUUGUAAUGUUUGCCUCUUCCUCUCAACCUACAAAUCAAGCAUCUUAUUUAUACCUCCUAUGCUGUCACUCCGUCUAACCCUUCCAUUAAAGUAAGCUACAUCAUGGCUUCCUUCGCUGGUCUCUCUUUUUCGCAAAAGUGCUGCUUCAAGUUCUUACAACCCAGUCUACAUCACUAAGUGAUGGGGCCACAGGUAAUCCUCAGCUCAGUUUUUAUAUAUAUUAUCUCAAUCAGAGUAAAACUCCUUACAUGCUUUCAGUACCCACGCUGUAUAAACUUGCAAUAAAGUGUUUGUUUUUUUUUUAAUCCUUCUUUGCCUUCUUUUACAGGCCUACUCGUACGUUGGUUUCGGCACACCUCAACCAACUUUGCUUCUCCUUCUACAUUCCAUUACGUAUUAGAUAAAUUCUGAGCACAAAUAAAAUUGUAAAGGAUCCUUCUAUUCGUGCAGCAAUGAUCCUUGCAGCUUCUCCCGAAAUCCAGCUGAAACGAAGUGAUUAUAACUCCCAAUCCCCCAAAUAUGAGUCGAGACUUCAUGAAGGGGUAAAACGAUCUGAUUUACUGUGGGCUACCCGCCCGGUAUUUAUGCAGGUCUUCCACCUGUUGAACACUCCCCUAGGGGACCAGAUGGAAGACUGGGACAAAAGUAACACAGUAACCAAUCACAGUGGCUAUAGCAUAAGCACUCCCCUUUUACAUAAAUCACUCCCUCUUUUCCAUCCUGGAGAUAAUUAACUUAAGGUAGCAAAGAGAGCCUUAAUUAUCUCCAGGAAGAAAGAAACAUGGCUUUUCUUAUUUCAGCAAAACAGAAUAAAAAUAUAUAACUUUCUUUUUACACAACAUAAACUUUAAGUUCCACAUAUCCCCAGAUAGCUUGGAUCUGAGGGCAUAUUCUAGGCGAAUAGCGCUCAGAUCCCACGAACACAGUUCUCAGAAUCGUCGACUGAAGUUUGACUUUCACCGGCCGUUCGUGUGUUUGUAGCCGACUGCAAGUUCCAUACUAUAGCUAUCUGGGGUCGGUCACUUUCGCAUACUUUCAGCGCACGAAUGAAGUAGUAUCCCCUUCAUUCGUGUGUUUUUCCACCGUACGAACGAGGAUGGGAGAAGGUAGCAGCGGUGUUCGACAAAACAAGUAGCCGAAAUCAGUUCCAGGGAAUCCUCGCCAUUUACCGCUGCUCGUUCGACAAUACAAAAUGGCGAUUGCCACGUGUUCGGUAAACGAACGCGGACCACCAGCUAUUCCCCAAUUAGUCUGUGGUUAACCGCAACAGUCAGGGUGGUCAAUAGGCGCCACACGACCACAGUGGGAGGACGGUGGUUCGGUAGUUUAUUCGCUUUUAUUGCUAUUUCCACGAAAUCCCGCUGUAAUCCUCCAAAUAACCGAACAGGCUUGUUCGUAUGGUCUGUAAAUAGGGGAUUUUGUUACAAAUAUAUAUAAUGAAAAUGAUAUAUAUUUAAUCAAUAUUAUUGUAUGUGUAUUUUGAUAUUAAUAGAUAUUUAUAAUUAUAUUAAUAUUACACUUGGACUGUGUGUAUAUAGAUCUCAGCACAUACCUGUAUAAUGUUAUUUUACACAGUUUUAACAUUUAUCUUAUUUAUUUCAGCAGGGGAGAACCUGUCAUUCCGGGCACUCCCCCUGCUGGCACUGACUUGGACUGCUAUGCUGUCCAUGUGCGGCGAACCGUUCGGGACAUCACUAAUCACAGGUUAUUUACCUAAGGUGGUUUUGACACUUUCUACAUUUCACCGCCAAUUUCUGCUAAAUAUUGGAGUAAAAUUGUAGGUUUUUUUUUUUUCUUUAUUUUGACAUAUAAACAUAUAACAAGGAUUUUGUAAUGUGUAUUUCGUAAAGCUGGUGUGUGCUAUUCAUGCACAGAACCCCAUAUUGUAUUCAGCUACAUCUGCUGAGUAUAACAUUUUCUGUAAAGCUACAGUGCCAUAUAAGAGACCAGGCUAUUUCAGUUUCUAUAAUUAGAAUUUUCGUAGAUGGAUUAGACGGGCCUAUGUCUCAUUUUAGGGUAUUCUAGCAGUGUGACUGUUCAAAUAACUCCACAGAGGGGUUGCAUUUGAUGAAGCCGACAACUCAGGGUAUCUUAUAUGGUGUAUAUUGUGCCUUAACUUGUUACCAUUUUUUCACCAAUUUAUGUCAAUGUUUGUGGUGGGGAAGGGGGGAAUGGCAUUUUUACAUAUGUUGCAUUUUUCCUGAGUAUUUCUUACACUUAAUAUGUACCAUUGUCAUAAAAAUCCCCAAAUUCUACUCAAUUACACCUUCUGAGUAAAACAAUAUGCCUAAUGUAUGACCUAGACACUAUUUUGUGAAGUUACAGUGCUGUAAAAGAGACGUGACAAGUUCAGGUUUUUAAGUGUGAAUUUUCAUGGAGGGUUUUGAUGCGUCCCUGUCCCACUUUGAAGCACUUGAGCAGGCUACAUAUUACAACUACACCAUAAAGGCAUACUAUUUCUUAAAGAAGACAUCCCAGGUGUGGCAAACACUAGCCACUUGUGAUAACAUGGACUAUAUGUAGAAAAAGGUUGCAUAUAUUAUUCUCAUAACUUCCUGCAUUCCCUGGCUGUACCCUGUGUAUUAUUGUAUGUGUAUAUUGCAUUUGUCUGCUAGCAGCCAAAAGCCGCUAGCAUUCAUGUGUUUCGUUUCAUGAACAGCCACUUUACAGGCUGUUCGUGAACCGAAUGAGCUACCCCCUAAUAGCCCACACAGAGAGGGACGUGUGGUGCUCGUUAACCGAUUGCAACAAUGUUGCAAUCGGUAAUUAGAGGCUCUCCUAGGUGGCCGCCGUUCGGCUACCGACCGCCCGGAAGAGGUACUUAACCUGCGGUUAACCGCAAGUUGAACGUUCUAAUCGGUGCUACACGCCAGAACGUAGGUGGUCCCCCAUUAGUGAGUCUUUCGGUAGUUUCCCUUUGGGGAAUGGUAUACAAAUGGGGGGAGUCCCUUUGGACCGUCAAUUAGUUUGUGGUUAACCGCAGGCCGCAACGCCUUGUGCGGUUAAUGAGCGGCACACUCCACUCGCAGGGUGGUCGGCCAUUCGGUACUUCGAGGGGUGACGAGGUUAAGUGGUGGCACACGCCAAAAGCUGGGUGGUUCAUCGUUCGUCCUGACGAAUGAAGAUUUAUUAUAGUUUGUGUAAUCCGUUCGUAUGGUCUGCAAGCCGGUAGAAUAGGGUUUUUACCGAAAAGAGUCAGGUUAUAACAAUAGAAUGAGUUUUUGUAACAAUGCUUGUGAAACACUCUGACAGACACUGUCUGACCCCUUUUCGGGGCAGACUAAGGCUGUCCAGACUGGGGAGUUAUGCUGGACUGAGAUCAGUUUGCCAUUCUGUUUCACAGGUCGGUAGGUGAUAGUAAAAUUAAACGGUUGCAAAGAUAAGCUCCAGCGUAACAGUCGGCCAUUAUCCCCAGCGACCCGGUUGAUAACGGGUUAUGGUCUGUAACCAGAGUGAAUUCUUGUCGUCUCCUACUUGGCUGAGGACAGCUCCCAGCCCGAACAUGGAAGCGUCUGUAUGGGCAAUAAAACGUCGAUUAGGGGCUGGGGCAGCCAAGACAGGAGCAUUACUUUUAGUGUUUGAAAAGCUGUUUCACAGUGGGAGACCACAGGACCUGUCGAGGAAGGUUUUUCUUCGUUAAGUCAGUAAGGGGUUUUUCGAUAGCACUAUAGUCUGGUACGAACCUUCUGUAGUACCCAGAGGUGCUCAGGAAGGCGAGUACCUGGGUCUUAGUGUGAGGAGUUGGCCAGUUUGCGACCGCCUCUAUCUCCGGUCGCUGUUUCCUGCAUCCUACUCGGUGGCCCAGGUACUGUACCUCAGCCAUUCCAAAAUUACAUUUCUCUGGUUUCAGGGUCAUGCCCGCGGCCCAAAUCUAAUCCAAGACCAUUCCUACAUUGGCUAAGUGUUCCUCCCAGGACUCACUAUGGAUCGCUAUGUCAUCCAGGUAUGCACAGGCAAAAUCCUGGAAGCCAUCAAGGAGUCUAUCCACCAAGCGCUGGAAUAUAGCUGGGGCAUUCUUCAUCCCGAAUGGCAUAACCUUAAAGUGGUAUAAGCCAAACGGGGUGACGAAUGCCGACUUGGGGAUAGCUUCUCUGGCCAGGGGAAUUUGCCAGUAACCUUUACAGAGGUCAAUGGUAGUUAGAUAGUUUCCCCUGGCUAUCUGGUCCAGCAACUCAUCUACCCUGGGCAUGGGGUAGACGUCGGUCACGGUUUUAUCAUUGAGCUUCCGAUAGUGCACACAGAAUCUGGUAGUACCAUCUUUCUUGGGUACCUGUACCAUCGGGGACGCACAUGGACUAUCGGAGGAUUCAAUAACCCCUGCCCGGACCGCCUCGGGUAUCCGGUAGGGGGCCCGUCUUAAGGGUUGCUGCCCUGGGGUGUCUACUUGGUGGGUGGCUAAGUCAGUGUAUCCUGGUUCCUGUAAGAACAUUGCCUGUUUCUCUUGGAGCAGUUUGUGUAACUGCUCCCUCUCUACUGGGUUAAGUCGGUCUCCUACCUGUACUUGGCUCACUACAUCAGACUGGGAAUUCUGGGUUAAUAGGUCGGGUAUGGGAAGACUAUCGGGUUUUCGGAUGCAGGGCUACAUAUGGCUGACACAUCCUCUGGUCGUUGAAGAUAUUCCUUCAACAUAUUCACGUGGAAUAUCUUUCUUAGGUUCUCAUCGUGACAGCUGGCAAUCACAUAGGUAGUACCACUACCUGGUAAGGUACCUGGUAAGGUAAGGCUGCUUGCAACUUGUCUGCUUUAACAGGCUUGAGCACCAUAACCUUUUGUCCUAUACAAAAACUCCUCCGCCACGCCUUCCUGUCAUACCGGACUUUCUGUUGCUUCUGGGCCGCCUGGACUGACCUGGCUAGUUGCUCCAUGCGAUCCCUAAGCUCCAGUACAUAAGGUACGAUGGGGACUCCAGCGUUCUCCGUGUCUCCCUCCCAGUGCUCACGGAUCAGGUUCAGGGGGCCCCGCACCUUACGUCCGUAUAGCAGUUCGAACGGAGAGAAUCUGGUUGUUUCCUGGGGUACCUCCCGGUAAGCGAACAGGAGAUGCGGCAGGAAACGUUCCCAGUCUCUAUGUUCCUGGGUGAAGGUUUUUAACAUUUGUUUGAGGGUUGCAUUGAACCUCUCACAUUGCCCAUUAGUCUGAGGAUGAUACGGGGAGCUGAGAAGGGAUUUUAUUUGGCAGACAUGCCAUAGCUGUUGCGUUAGUUCAGCAGUGAACUGAGUACCUCUGUCAGAUAGAAUCUCCCGAGGGAAUCCUACCUGAGAGAAGACCUGUACUAAGGCGUUCGCUACGGUGUCUGCCUGGAUAUUGGAUAGAGCCACUGCCUCUGGGUAGCGUGUAGCGUAGUCCACCACGGUAAGAAUAUAGCUCUUUCCUGGAUUGGCUGGGCGUGGUGAUUGGCCCUACUAGGUCGAUGGCUACCCGGCUAAAGGGCUCCUUUAUAAUGGGCAUGUUCACGAGGUAUGCCUUAGGGUGGUCCCCUCUCUUGCCUACCCUUUGGCAGACCUCACAUUUGUUACAGUAUGUUCGCACAUCUGCAUGUACCCCAGGCCAGAAGAGGGGUAUGGGUGAUACGUUUGAGGGUACCGGUUACCGCUAAAUGUCCGGCAAAUGGGAUAUCAUGACCCACCCGGAGUAUAUCUUGUCUAUACUUGUGGGGAAUGACCAGCUGUCUCCUAUGGUUCCCUUUCUUUUCGGUAUGUCUGUAUAGUCUGCCUUGCUCCCAUGCGAAUGUCUCGUGGUCUGACCGCCCCAGUCCCUGUAUCGGCUUUCUCCCUAUACUUCUGAAGGGUCGGUUUUAGUUUCAGCCUCAAAGGCUGCAGGGGUAUCCCAGGGUAAUGGUGAAGGGUAAUGAGUCACAGUUUGUGUUGGUCUUACCUGAGUCUCCCGCACUGGUGAAGGGUAUCGAGUCCUUCCGGCUUGCGACCGGGUAGUGACAGGAUGCGCAUGAAGCAGCAUAAGCAGAAGUCAUGGGUCCCAGGUUCUUUCCCAGUAAAACCUCAGCUGGCAAAUUAUCCAUAAUUUCCACCCUCACAAGUCCUUUCCCUGCACCCCAAUCCAAAUGUACUUGAGCUGUGGGUAGCUUGUAAAUGUUCCUUCCAGCCACCCUGACAGCGACAGUGUCCGUAGAGCGCUUAUGUGCUGGGACCAGUCGGCCUUGUACUAGGGUGAUAGUGGCCCCACUGAGUGAGGCGGCCCUCCAGCAAUACCUCCUGUCUGUGUUGUUGCCGGUUGUCAUUUGCUGCAUAUACGGGAUUGGCUUCAUGUAGGGGUCCCAGAUAUUCUUCUAGAGGGCUUUCCUGUUCAAUAAAGAGAGCGCAAGCUGGGCAAUUAUUUCCCGAGGGGGAUUUAUUGUAAUUCCUCGAUAAGAAAUUGUUGUUGAGGGGACAGCUAGCAAUGAGAUGCCCCAGCUGCUUGCAUUUGCAGCAGGUGGGUCAGGAGCGCUCCUGGCUGUAGUGACUGGGUGGUCCGGCGUAUCAAGUAGAUCCUGCCGGCACAGGUGUACGAAACUAUGUUCGUGGGCUUGGUCGGUACGUGUCCCUUGGUUCGGUGCGAGUUACCGUUCGGGAGCUGUUUGAUUCCUGUAUCCGAGCGUCCCAGUGUUCAUCGGCCAGUCUCGCUGCUUCGUUGAGAUUGCUCGGCCGUCGCUCUUUUAACCAUUCUCUGUCUUUUUGCUCAAGUCCCUCAUAAAAAUGCACCAACAAAAACAAUUCCAGAACUUCAGCUGCCGUGACUGCUCGACACCCGUUAAUCCAAUGAGUAGCUGCUCUCUGCUUUCGGUGUGCCCAUUUGGCAUGGGUAUCAUUCGUUUUCUUUUUGGUGUCACGGAAUUGCCAGCGGUAAUAAAUAGGGUGUCUUUGACGAGCGUGUAUUGAGCCACUUCCUCGGUGCUAAGAGUCCUGAAAGUCUCCAUUACUCGCCUGGCUAAUUUCCCUGCCAGGAUACGCGGCCAAGCUGUUGUGGGGAUUUGAUGCAGGGCACAUUGCUGCUCAAAAUCGGUUAAAAAUUCGUCAAUCCCCAUCUCGGUUUCCACGAACGGCUUGAAUGCCGUGAACGGGAUCUUCGGUUGCCCCGCCAAUUCUGUGGAGCUGCUGUGUGCAUCGCUGGUGGUUCCCGGUGGUGCGGUCUAAAUGCAGAGCUCAUGUGCUUGGGUUCUUUUGAUAUCCGCCUCUGCUUCCGCCAUUAGCUGUUUCAUUAGUUCCACGGAAGGAUACGACCCGUAUAGGUGGAGCCUUUCCCUGACAAUCCUUGUCUUUUCAUCGUUGGGUCGUAUCGUGGGUUCUGCCAUGGUGAAGCUCUGAUCCAUCUUUGUUAGGUCAGCAAUCAACUCUCUCCUUGGUCGGUUGCUCGCGUUCCCACCUCAGCUCUUGAGUAAAUCUUUCAACGUGGUGCGUUUCAACUUGUCGUAAUUGCUCUCCAUCCGUUCUAUACCUCUUAGGAAUUCCAGGAUGAUCACGCCUCUGCCACCAAUUGUUACGAUUGCCUCCGGUCUAGCAGGAGGUUGGAUCGCUUGGCUAUCCUGGUUCCCGAAGUCAGAGAGUCGAACAAGGUUCCAAUCGGUAGAAACCUGUAAAUACAGAAUAUCCCACUAGCUAUGGUAAAGCUAGGAUUCCCGGAUCCCUACAACAGUCGAGGCUGCGAGUUGAGGAUAAAACAAACUGAGUUUAAUGACACACAAGUAUGGCAAUUUAUGCAAGUCCCCAGGUCCAGGGACAGCCCCCUAUGGACCUGAUGGGAUACAGGUACAAUUCAACCAGUCACAAUACAAUGUAUCUUUCAAACUAGUACCCACCCAGCUUGGAGAUAAUGAGGCCAACGGUUAUACAAUCUAAUUAUCUCCAAACGUCCCAAAAGACCAUGCUUUAUUGUGCCAGAGAAAACAGUGUAAAAAUACAUAACUUUGGCAUUUUAUAUACAAUAUAGUUCAUUCCACGAAUCGUUCGAUAGCUCGAAUCUGGGGACAUCCAACAUACAAAUUGCGCCCAGAUCCCACGAACAGAACGGGAGGUUUCUGCCAUAGAGAUAUUGUUCAGCAGUUUGAUUGUGAACGCCUGAUGGCGGCCAUGUUUUUAGGUCGGUCAAUUGACAGCGGGAUCUCAACUCCGUACUUAUGGAGCGGAGGUCGGGUACAGUCACACGAAUCCCCGCUAUCAGUCUGGUUGUCCCGGCCAUUCGGGAUACGAACGGCGACCGCCUGGAAGAGGUACUUAACCUGCGGUUAACCGCAAGUUGAAUGUUCUAAUCGGUGCCACACGCCAGAACGUAGGUGGUCCCCCAUUAGUGAGUCUUUCGGUAGUUUCUCUUUGGGGAAUGGUAUACGAAUGGGGGGAGUCCCCUGGGACCGUCAAUUAGUUUGUGGUUAACCGCAGGCCGCAACGCCUUGUGCGGUUAAUGAGCGGCACACUCCACUUGCAGGGUGGUCGGCCAUUCGGUACUUCAAGGGGUGACGAGGUUAAGUGGUGGCACACGCCAAAAGCUGGGUGGUUCAUCGUUCGGACUGACGAAUGAAGCUUUAUAAUAGUUCGUAUAAUCCGUUCGUAUGGUCUGCAAGCCGGUAGAAUAGGGUUUUUACCGAAAAGAGUCAGGUUAUAACAAUAGAAUGAGUUCUUGUAACAAAUCACAUAUGUUUUUAAAGGGCCCAUAGUAUUUUGGCAGGAGGCUGGCCAGCAGGCCCGUCCAAGAGCCCGUGGUGAGGUUACUUUCGCCACAGUGAUGAUGUCACCAUGGGGGUGGGGCUUGUGCCGGUGGACCCGCGCGACAUUGGACAUAAGGUGAGCUUUCAUUGCUUUUAAGGGGGAUGUCGGGAUUACAGAAUGAUCCAGCACGUAAAAUUUUACUGAUAGGGAACGUAUACCGGACCUUAGAAUGGCCGGACUAACAUACCAAAGAAUAGUCAGGAAUAGCCAAGGUCAAGGGAUACAGGAAGAGACACAACGAUAAGGAAAAGCCAGGAGUUAGGGAUGCCAGAAAAGAGGGAAGUCAAAAACAAUGCCAAAGUCAAAUAACUAGAAUCAAUAACAUGCUCUCGGACAACCACAAGGGAAACCACAACAGGGCACUGAGCAGGAUGAGAACUGGGCCUAAAUACCCCUCCUCUAGAUCUGAUAGGCUGUAACCGGCCUUUGACCCCAAAGGCAGUUACCAGAUCCCAUUUGCAUAAUUGCUGCUCAGCAUUAACCCUUCUGUGGAUUUGGUUGCUGCUCGGCACAACUUUUACUGUGUGGACAGUAAAUGUCAUUAUCCACAUUUUUAUAAGCGGAUGAAUACAUGACAGGGGCUAAGCCACCUAAAUGGUGGGUUUAGCACUAUAGGGUUAGGAAUACAUGUUUGUGUUACUGACCCUAUAGUGUUCCUUUAUAUACAGUCAGGUCCAUAAAUAUUGAAACAUCGACACAAUUCUAAUCUUUUUGGCUCUAUACACCAACACAAUGGGUUUGAAAUGAAACAAACAAGAUGCGCUUUAACUGCAUACUUUCAGCUUUAAUUUGAGUGUAUUCACAUCCAAAUCAGGUGAACGGUGUAGGAAUUACAUGUGCCUCCCACUUUUUAAGGGACCAAAAGUAAUGGGACAUAUUAAGUCAUAAAUCAAACUGUCACUUUUUAAUACAUGGUUGCAAAUCCUUUGCAGUCAAUUACAGCCUGAAGUCUGUAAUGCAUAGACAUCACCAGAUGCUGGGUUUCAUCCCUGGUGAUGCUCUGCCAGGCUUCUGCUGCAACUGUCUUUAGUUCCUGCUUGUUCUUGGGGCAUUUUCCCUUCAGUUUUGUCUUCAUCAAGUGAAAUGCAUGCUAAAUCGGAUUCAGGUCAGGUGAUUGACUUGGCCAUUGCAUAACAUUCCACUUCUUUCCCUUAAAAAAACUCUUUGGUUGCUUUUGCUGUAUGCUUUGGGUCAUUGUCCAUCUGCACUGUGAAGCACCGUCCAAUGAGUUCUGAAGCAUUUGGCUGAAUAUGAGCAGAUAAUAUUGCCCGAAACACUUCAGAGUUCAUCCUGCUGCUUUUGUCAGCAGUCACAUUGUGACGAGACCAAUCUCGCCACAUUGCAUUGGAGAAGCCUGGUUGCUCGCCUGUUGCCUUUGGAUUAUGGCCCCAUGUUAAAAGGCUUGAUUUCCCCCUGCAAAGACAAGAAAGCCGGGUCAUUUGGUGCUUGCCCUGUUUGAGCAGUGAUACCCCAGAUAGCUAUGCCAUGGAGCCCAUUCGUAUAAUGAAAGACUAUGGGAAAGACUUUGGCUCCAUGGCAAUUGAACUGUAUGUGUGUGCUCUGAGCACCAUUCAGUAAUAAUGUGCGCUCAGAUCUGAGCUAUCUGGGGAUAUGUUGCAUGUCUGUAUUUUAUGUCAUAAAUGUAACCUUGUGUAUUUUAUUGUGUUUUACCGUCUUUUUGCUGCCAUGUGUUCAAUGGAGUUUUGCCUCUGUCAUUGGAGAUAAUUGGAUUACUUCUAAUUAUCUCCAGGAUAGAAGACUCCGUGGAACUGGUUUUGGGCAGAAAAGCCAUGCUUCCUGUGGUCACAAAGGACUACGAUCUAUCUUUUGAACCACUGGACCAAUUUGUAUGAUUUUGACGUAUGUUUGUAUUUGGAGUAUGCUGAUUCUGAAAAUGUAAGUUUUAUGUGAAUGUGAUGCAUACUUUUCAAGUUAUGAAUAAUGUGGAAAAAAUUUAUUUUUCUGCUUUUGCUAAAUUACAUUACCCAUUGUGUAAGGUAAUUGAAUCACAUGCAGAGGGGAGGAAUUUGUGUGGGAGUAUCUGAGUGUAUUGUAUGUGUUUAUUGGUUGUGUUCCAAAACCCUGUGGGUGGUACUAAUGUGUAAGAAUGUGUACAUAAGCACAAUAAACCCACAGCUCUCUGUUCACUGCUUGACCCUCAACACAGAGCUUUGUCUCGUUCUUGGGGGGAUUUAUUGUAUGCUGUUCCAGUUUGACUGCUAGGAGUGUAAACCUAUUCGUAUGGUUUUUCCUAUUUGGCUGUUUACAGCAUUCAUAUGGUUUCCUGUUCGGUGGAUUGGUGUUCUGCAGUAGCUUUGCCUGCAUCUCUGGAAGGGGACGAUCGCCUAAACGGUUUAACCCCUUGUGUGCUGAAACGGUCCGUUACACACACUAUCAAUAAAUACAAGAGAACCAGUUCCAUUGGCAGCCAUACAUGCCCACGCCAUGACACUACCACCACCAUGCUUCACUGAUUAGGUGGUAUGCUUUGGAUCAUGAGCAGUUCCUUUCCUUCUCCAUAAUCUUCUCUUCCCAUCACUCUGGUACAAUUUGAUCUUGGUCUCAUCUGUCCAUAGGAUGUUUUUUCAGAACUGAGAAGGCUUUUUUAGAUGUUGUUUGGCAAACUCUAAUCUGGCCUUCCUAUUUUUGAGGCUCACCAAUGGUUUACAUCUUGUGGUGAACCCUCUGUAUUCACUCUGGUGAAGUUUUCUCUUGAUUGUUGACUUUGACACACAUACACCUACCUCCUAGAGAGUGUUCUUGAUCUGGCCAACUGUUGUGAAGGGUGUUUUCUUCACCAGGGAAAGAAUUCUUCGGUCAUCCACCACAGUUGUUUUCUGUGGUCUUCCGGGUCUUCUGGUGUUGAAGACCGCAUUGAAAGUCAUGUUUCAGUGUUUGCAGAUGACACCAAACUUUGUAAAACAAUACAAUGUGAGCAAGAUAUUACUCUGCUGCAGAGGGAUUUAGAUCGACUGGGGGACCGGGCACUCAAAUGGCAGAUGAAAUUUAAUGUUGAAAAAUGCAAAGUUAUGCACUUCGGCGUAAAGAAUACACAAGCAAUGUAUACCCUUAAUGGAAGCGAAUUAGGGAUAACAACACAUGAAAAGGACUUGGGAAUUGUUAUAGACAACAAACUAUGCAACAAUGUGCAAUGUCAAUCAGCAGUGGCCAAGGCCAGUAUGGUAUUGUCAUGCAUGAAAAAGGGCAUUCAUUCUCGGGACAAGAAUAUAAUUUUGCCUCUUUAUAAAUCACUGGUAAGACCCCAUAUUGAAUAUGCUGUGCAAUUUUGGGCACCUGUUCUAAAGAAGGAUAUUAUGGCUCUAGAAAAAGUGCAGAGGCGGGCUACAAAAUUAAUAAAAGGAAUGGAACAUAUCGGCUAUGUAGAAAGGUUAACAAAUUUAAACCUAUUUAGUUUAGAAAAGCGUCGCCUGAGAGGGGAUAUGAUAACAUUAUACAAAUAUAUUCGGGGCCAAUACAAACCAUUGUGUGGAAAUCUAUUCACAAACUGGACUUUACAUAGGACACGAGGCCAUGCGUUUAGACUGGAAGAAAGAAGAUUUCGUCUAAGGCAAAGGAAAGGGUUUUUUUUACUGUAAGAACAAUCAGGAUGUGGAAUUCUCUGCCUGAAGAAGUGGUUUUAUCAGAGUCCAUACAGAUGUUCAAACGGCUACUAGAUGCAUACUUGCAUGAACAGAAUAUUCAAGGAUAUAAUCUUUCAAUGUAGGGUAAUAACUGCUUGAUCCAAGGAUAAAUCUGACUGCCAUUCUGGGGUCAAGAAGGAAUUUUUUUCCUAGCUUGUACCUUUUAUCUGCUCCUUGUAAAUGGGAUAAUGAGGGAAUAACACACACUUGGCCAUGGAACAGCUGAGCAGCCAAUGGUCCCAUUACUUUUGGUCCCUUGAAAAGUGGGAGGCACAUAUACAAACUGUUGUAAUUCCUCCACCGUCCACCUGAUUUGGAUGUUAAUACCCUCACGUUAAAGCACAUCUUGUUCAUUUUAUUUCAAAUCCGUUGUGUGUAUAUAGCAAAAAAGAUUAGAAUUGUGUCGAUGUCACAAUAUUUAUGGACCUGUCUGAGAGUGUAUGUAUGUGUGUGUGUGUGUAUGUAUAUAUAUAUAUAUAUAUAUAUAUAUAUAUAUAUAUAUAUAUAUAAAAUCUAAGUUAGGUACAUUUAUUUUAUGUGCUUGUAAACUUUUAUUAACUUUUUAAAAAUGUUUUCAGGUAUUUGGGGGAUUGCCUGAGAGUUCGGCCAGUCUCCCUGCCGGCUAUUCUGGCCAUGUGAUCGCGAGGGCCCCGCAAUCACUUGCUUAUAGUUCCUGGAGUCCUUUGGCGCUGUCCUUCCAUCAGUGUUAGAGCAGGUUAACACUAAAUAAGUGUCCCUGGCAACCCAUAGUCCCGCCCAGGGACGUAUUUGCCGCAAGGCAUUUGCCUUGGGUAGCACUUUCCAGGGGGUGGCAAAAAAAACGCUGCCCCAAAAUGCCCAGGCAAAUACCUUGUUAGCAUGGUGGCGGCUAACUAAGAAUCCAGGCGGACGGGCGGCCCUGGCAAGGGAGCACUGAUUUGUGAGCUCUCUGCUCAGCUCAGCUGGCGUCAUAUUCCGGCUCCCGGCAUCACUCUGCAGUGCUCGAGGGAGCUGAGCAAACACAGCUCACUAAUCAGUGCUCCCUCGCCAGUGCCGCCCGCCUAGAUAUUUAAUUAGCCGCCCAACCGCCUGCCUCCCUUCAUGUCAGAAGACCCACUGGACCCCAGGCAAAAAAAAUCCACCCAGCACUCCCAAAGGUAGGGAGGCUGGGUGGAUUUAAACUAAAAUAGAAAAAGUAAUCGGUUAAUGUUUGGGGAGGGGAGGUCAAUGUGUGUAUGUCUGAGUGAUUGUGUGUGUGGCUGUCAGUGUAUGUCUGAGUGAUUGGGUGUGUCUAGCUGUUAGUGUGUGUAUGUCAGAGUGUGUGUGUGGCUGUCAGUGUAUGUCUGAGUGAUUGGGUGUGUCUAGCUGUUAGUGUGUGUAUGUCAGAGUGUGUGUGUGUCUGUCAGUGUGUAUCUAAGUGAUUGUGUGUGCAUGUCUGUCAGUGUGGCUGUCACUGUGUGGCUGUCUGUCAGUGAGUGAGAGUGUGUGUGUUUGUUUCUGAGUGAUUGUGCCUGUGAGGGUGCCUGUGUGUCUGAGUGAUUGUGUGUGUCAGUGAUCGUGUGUAUGUCAGUGAUUGUGUCAAAUCAGUGUGUGUAUGUCAGUUUUUCUGAGAGAGUGUCUGUCAGUCAAAGUGUGUGUUAGUCGUUUAACAGGAAGAGGUGUGGCAUUGACAGGAAUGGGUGGGGCAAAUGUAAAUUAGGGGGUGCCCGAGUUCUGUCAUGCCUAGGGCAGCACAGAUACUAAAUAUAUCACUGGUCCCGCCUCUUCUGGAGGUGUGGCUAAGGCAGAGAUCACACACUUCCUUGUAGCCAUACCCAUGAUGGUCUAUAAGCAGUCAACUGACAUUCCCAGCCAAUCACAACUGCCCAUUGCUGCACCGGCUAAUAGUUUCUUAUUAGCCAAAGCUGGGGACUAUCAUUUAGUACUAAAACAUUAAAACGGUUUAAUGCUGAUUGAACUAAUAGCACUUCGGGACUCAAUAACCAAUUUUAAUUAAAUGAAGCAGACACAAUGCCUCCGGUGUCUUAAAUUAAAAAAAAUAAUCUAUUAGAUUAGCAGUUCCCAAACUUGAUGCUGAGGUGCCGCAAAAUAUUUCCUGGUGCUAUCAUCAUAUGAUCAUAGCACCGGGAACUGUCCAUGCCUCACUCUCCCCUGCCGGGUCUCCCUCACUGGCCUGCUAGCACUGUAAUGUUGGCAGCCGGCAGGGGAGGGAGAGAGGACCCGGGGGAGCUCUAACCUGCAGCUCCACCGGGUUCUCCUCUUGCGAGCUUGGAGCGUGGCCACUAUUACCAUGGCAAUGCUCUGAAUCUUGCGAGUGUAAACUCUAGCCUCAUAAGUUGCUAGAGUUCCCUUCCACACCUGACCACCAGGGAUUAGUACUGUCCCUCCUCCCAGGCAAAGUUAAGCAGAGGGGGGGAUAUGAAAAUCAUUAAUUUUAAAAAUAAUUAUAUAUUUAUGAAUUUGCCCUCCUACCCCCACAGACCCACAAUAACUCCCCCAUACACACACACACUGCUCCUCCAUACACACACACCGCUCCCCCAUACAGACACACACUACCCCCACAUAAAAACACACUGCCCCUCCAGACACCCAAACUGUACCCCUCACACACACUACCCCACACACACACACACUGUACCCCUCACAACCUGCCCCCCCAUAUACUGUACUCCUCACACACACUGCAUCCUUCACAAACUCAAUGCACCCCUGUACACACACUGCAUCCCUCACACGCACACACUGCACCCCUGACACACCCACACUGCACCCCUGACACACCCACAUUGCACCCCACACACACUACAACCCCUUUCCCAUAAGAUACCAGGUAAGUUGUCAAACUGUUUUUAAAUAGUUUGACUACUUACCCUGGGAGGGCACUACUGGCACCAUACUCACUACAAAUUGAUGUAGUGGUUAUUGUUCCUGGAUUGUUUCUUUAAAUAAUCUACCAGUGCCCCUCCCAAGAUUAGGUUCUGGAUCUGCACCUGCAGGCAAGUAUAUGCCGCAUGUGCAGUACAUAUAUGCAACCUGGAAUUUUUUUUGACUUGGGGCACCUUGGAAAAAUACUCAAAUAGUAAGGUGCCUUGAACCGGAAAAGUUUGGGAACCACUGUAUUAGAUUAAAACUUACCUUAAAGCCAGCACCAGGCAACAUUCUCUUCUUUGUUUCCACAGCCUGUCCCUAAUUGAGCCACGUCUUGCGUGCACUCUGGUUGUGAGUAGAGUGACAGAACCCAGUGGGCUUUAUUUUUUUAAAGGAACACUAUAGAGUCUAGAACACAAACAUGUAUUCCUGUAUAGUGUUUAAUCCACCAUUUGGGUGGCUUUCUCAUCCCCUACCCCCCUUAGAAUGGCUUAAAACUCACCUUAUUUCCAGUGCCGCGCUUGUAUUCAGGGGUGCUGGCCCCGCCCGAUCCUUAGAGAAAGCACUGAAUUAGCUGAAAACAGCAAGGAGGCGGAAUUGGGGUGUGGCCAAACACCGUUUUCGAUAGUCUGCACCCCCUCAUAGAGAUGCAAUGACUCAAUGCGUCUCUUUGAGGAAAACUCAGUGUCUCCAUGCAGAGGGUGGAGACGCUGAACGGCAGUGCUGCCUACUGUGCAGCACUGCUUCAGGAAGUACUUGCAGUGGCCAUCUGAGACCAACUGGUGGUGUCCCUGGGGAACAAUGUAAACACUCCCUCUUCUCUUAGUGUUUACAUCACAAAAUGCCUGAAGAGGGUGAUAAUACUCACCAGAACAACUACAUUAAGCUGUAAUUGUUCUGGUGACUAUAAUGUCCAUUUAAAAAAUAAAUGUUCAAAAUGUAGAGCGGGAACACUAGAGUUUUGUUUGCUUUGCUGCCUGCAUGAGAGACUUUCAUUACAACUGUUGCCAGAGCUUUGUUCGCACUAACAGACGUAGGUUUUUGCACAGAAUUCAUAAAGCAGCUUAGAAGAGAGUUCCGAGCUGCCUAAUUUACAACUAGCCACAGACACAAAAGUGCAAAUUUCUCUUUAUGUGCAGUGUUUCAAGCAGACUCUGUAGCGGACCGGCAAUAUUAAAUCCCACGAAUUCCGCUGGUACAUACAGUAAUCCACAGUUAGCGCUGAAAAGCAAGGCAAUAUCCCAAAUCCCCCAGUAACCGGACGAAACACAGUUCUGGGAGUCAACUGAGGUCUUUAUUUGCAAGUCCCCAUGCAAGGGGUUUCCCUACUGUCAUUGCAGGGGUAAUACAGUAGGGGACUACAUGGGGGACUUAACAUUCUGGGCAUUUCUCCCAUCAGGCACUGCUGCACGAGAGGGAUACUCCCACUGGAAUAUACCGUUAUGUGGAUUAUCCCUCCGUGCAGCAGAACCGGCGAUUCACUUUAAAAUACAUAACUUUUCUUGUACUUGGUCUAUUUAAACGAAUGGACGUACGGUAGAUAGCUGGAGUCUGAGCACACCGUUCGUGAGAAUACCGCUCAGAUCCCAGCUAAAACAACUGAACGCCGCACGAAAAACACAUUAUUUAUAACACAAGUUAAAAGUACCGAUUGACAUAGAUGGACCAAACUACCGAACGGUCUGGAAGCCCAGCGGUGUUCGCGCCAUCGAGUAGCCGUUUUCAGUUCCAUGCGCUCGACGACCAAACACCACUAGGGAACAAAGGAUCCAAGAUGGCCGACCGCUGCGUGGUCGGUAGCCUAGCGGUGGCCACCUAGGAGAGCCUCUAAUUACCGAUUGCAACAUCGAUGCAAUCGGUUAACAAGCGCCACACGUCCCUUAGUGUGUGGGUUAUUAAAAGAUAGUUCAUUCCGUUCACGAACGGCUCACAAAGGUGCCGUUCGUGAAACGAAAUAGAAAAUGACUAUCUGCUUUCGGCAGAUAGCCAAUACAAGCCAUACAGCAUACAGGAUACAGCAGAUUACAACCAGACACAUAUACAAUGGUAUUAAAGAUACAGGCAACCCUUAAAACAUAUUGUCUCUGUUUAGUCCAAGUGGCUAGGUUUGCCACAGACUCUAACCACCAUGAACACUUAAAAGCAGAGGUGGUCUUUGUGGGAGUAUACCUUGAACGGCUUAUGAUCAAAUCUAGCCUACUUUAUAAUGAGGGAAUUGUAAUAGUUGGAGAAUCCACCCUGAAUUUUGAAUAGAAUUCUGCAUUAUUCAUGCUGAUCCAUAGAUUGGUUGUGUGACUGUGGGGCUACUUACUUUUUCUUAUUCUUUGUUGCAUAUUUGUCUCCUCAGAAACAAAGUCUACAGAUGGAAAUGUUUCUGUUCAAACAGAAAAUCAGGAAAAGGUCCUAUCCCAACAAAGUCCCGGAGAAGAGAAAGCUAGACGUCGACGAAAGCCUACUAAGACCCACAAAAAUCCAUCAAGGAGCUCACCUGAGAGACUUUCUAUUAAUUUUAGAACUGUGUCACUUUUACCUUCGGAGAUGACCUCACCCCUUGUGCGCAGGAGUCUAACACUCCCAGAUACCUACUCAUCAGUGUCAGAAUGUGCUGAAAGUGAAGAAAAGGCUGGAUCCUCUGAUGGCCAGUCUUGUAGUCCACCGAGUACAUUUACUACAAUAUAUUCUCAGAGUGGUCUCUCUCUAUCACCUGAGUUAAGACAAACCGACACUAAGGAGCAACAUGGAAUACAAAAUUACUACUCGAAUAUGUCUGUCACCUCAAAGAAAGGAACGGCUGUAAAAGAGAAGCCAUUCUUGUGCACAUUAUGUGGGAAAAGGUUCAGCCAAAAGUCGUUGCUCAUUCAGCACCAUCGCAACCACACAGGAGAGAGACCAUUUCCCUGCAUUGAAUGUGGCAAGAGUUUUACCUCAUGCUCUUUGCUGAUCCGACAUCACAAGAUACAUACAGGUGAAAAGCCAUUUGCUUGCCCAGACUGCGGGAAACGUUUCAGUGAGAGUUCGCAGCUUGUCAGACACCAGAGAACGCACACCGGUGAGAGGCCCUACACGUGCAUAGAGUGCGGCAAGAGCUUCAGCGAGAGCUCCAAGCUUGUCAUACAUCAGAGAACACACACAGGAGAACGUCCUUACACAUGUAGUGAUUGCGGAAAGAGCUUUAGUGUGCGCUCACACCUCAUCACUCACAAGCGAACUCACACCGGGGAGCGUCCGUACACCUGCAAUGAUUGUGGCAAGGGCUUCAGCGAGAGUUCCAAACUGGUCAUGCAUCAGAGAAUACACACAGGAGAAAAGCCGUACACCUGUACGGCAUGUGGCAAGAGUUUCAGCCAGAGGUCUGUGUUGGUCACACACCAGAGGAUACACACAGGAGAAAAGCCUUAUUCCUGCCCCGAAUGUGGGAAAUGCUUCAUUGAUAAGGUGGGCUGUGACAGACACCGCGUGACUCAUAGUGAUGAAAAGCCCUUUCAGUGUAUGAUCUGUGGCAAGAACUUCAGCCGGAACUCGGACUUCAAUAAGCACCAGAGAACUCACACUGGUGAGAAGCCCUAUUCUUGUAUGGAGUGUGGGAAAAACUUUAGCUGGAGUUACCAGCUCGUCCGACACCAAAGAGUACAUACUGGGGAGAAACCCUACACCUGUAUCGAGUGUGGGCGGAGUUUUUGUUGGAGCUACCAACUAGUCACUCAUCAAAGGUCGCACACCGUGGAAGGAGCCUGUAUGUAGUUCUUCCAACCUUCUUUCCAUUACUUUGGAUGGAGUCCAGCUUCUUGUGAAAUGGCUUAUUUUGAGAAACAUUGUACAAUUUCCUUAAACUCCAUGUCUAUCUGUCCAUUGUCAAGCUUUUAUUAAUAUUUAUCAUUGUUUGCCAGGUCUAAGUCCCACUCCCACAGCAUGGCAAUUGUCCUACAUGGGCACAUCCACUUGACUUGACUUAUCUUGUGGAACAAAGGAUAGUCCAUGUGGUCCAAUAUAAUCUCGAGUGAACUACAUGAAAACAUACACCUAGCAUGGAACCUUUCUCAACUCUUACUGAAUCUGCUGAGGGGCAGCAGGCUGGUACAGUCAAUAAAAUAUUAAUUUAGAUUUUAAAGGGUAGCAAGCCUGAUGGGGACUUUACAGCAGGUAUAUAAAGGACCAAUUUAGGGACCAAUCAAUUUGUAAGCCUAAUUUUGUGUUGCAAAUCGCACACGGUUUAAUGACUAUGGUUGGCUGCCCUGUCACCCGGUGACACAUUGUGAAAUGGAAGGCAUGUAUUAUUUUAAUGAAAUGACUAUGGAGACUCGCUCACACCUGUUAUCCUGCUGGGAAUGUAAUAUGUGUGUGUAGCUAUAGAAUACAUAACUCUUCGCCAGUAGUAACUUACAUGUGCACGCAGGUGAGUGAUCAGAGUUGUCCUUGCGGGCGCAAGUUGUUGGUCUGCACUACACGUGUUCUUUACUAAACACUAAAUGGCCAGUUUUUAUCUUUUAAUAAUAUUAAGUCUCUUUAUUAAAAUGUACUCUUACUUAUUAGCCUGAUCCCUUCUCAGUUUGUUUUUUGGAUGGGGAGUGGGGAGAAAUAGAAUGAGUUUGUGAUGUUGUGGCUUUAAAGUGAACUGAAGAACAUGUUCUCUCUAUUGUCUCUGCUGCAUAAAAAUGGGUAAGGUCUGGUUUGGGAUUUUUUUUCUUUCCUUUUUUAAUGGACUUUCAGCUGUAUAAGAAAAUAUUUUUAUUAUUUUCAUCCCUGCUCAUCUGAUUCAGUAAAUAGAAGCCAGCUGGGUCUUGUGUGUCUUUACAAUUAAUAGAUUUUCAUCUGCAUUGUGUCAACAUGUUCUGUGGAACUGCGUAAAUCCAAUACAAUACAUGUAAUCAUAAUAAAACAUGUCGGCCAAACACAAAUAUGGUGAUUUUCUCCACAAAUAAACUUAUAGUCUGACGACAGACAACUAUGCAAUACAA